AGUAGGUGGGGUCUGUAUGCGGAAGAUACAAGGAGUCGCGUUUGUAUGAGACUGACAUCACAGUGCUGUGUAUGCUCCCUUUAAACAAUUUGCCAAUCGGAAUAAGCAUCGUCUCCCAACCCGUUUGGGCAUGGAUGAAACAAGUCCGCUAGUUCCUUCGUUUCAAGAUUCACUGGAUACAGAUUAUUGUAGCGAAGCCAAUCCUCGUGGUGGCGGUUUUGGAGCGAUCGCCACACCGGGAUCUGUCAUUCGUGUACCUGCUGAAAUCCCGGGUCGCAGUUUUGAGCGUCAGCCUCUUCUGGACCGAAACAGGGCGAACUCCUUACGGGACCCUCACAGGAAUGAUUUCUCUGACGAUCCGGAGUUCAGGGAAAUUGUGAGGAAAGCAGAACAAGCCAUCGACGAGGGGAUCUUACCGGAGAGAAUCUACCAGGGAUCCAGCGGCAGUUACUUCGUUAAAGAUCCUCAAGGGAAGAUAAUUGGCGUCUUCAAGCCGAAGAACGAAGAGCCCUACGGCCAGUUGAACCCCAAGUGGACCAAAUGGCUCCAGAAGUUGUGUUGUCCGUGCUGCUUUGGCCGAGACUGUCUGGUCCUCAACCAGGGCUACCUUUCAGAGGCCGGUGCCAGUCUGGUGGAUCAAAAACUUGAUCUGAACGUAGUGCCCAAAACCAAGGUGGUGCACCUUGGGAGCGACACAUUCAACUACAAUGCAAUAGACCGAGUGAAGUCUCGCGGCAAGAAGCUAGCCUUGGAGAAAGUGCCCAAGGUCGGCCAGCGUUUUCACAGAAUAGGUCUGCCCCCGAAGGUGGGGUCAUUCCAGUUGUUUGUCGAAGGGUACAAAGAUGCUGAACAUUGGCUCAGACGGUUCGAAGCCGAGCCUCUGCCAGAGAACAUAAAUCGUCAGCUACAGAUCCAUUUUGAAAGGCUUGUGGUCCUGGAUUACAUCAUAAGGAAUACCGAUAGAGGAAACGAUAACUGGCUGAUAAAAUAUGACUAUCCAAUGGACAGUGGAGGCAUUCGUGAUACAGACUGGGUAGUGGUGAAGGACCCUAUAGUUAGGCUGGCUGCCAUUGACAACGGCCUGGCAUUUCCCCUGAAACAUCCCGACUCCUGGAGAGCCUACCCAUUCUACUGGGCGUGGCUCUCCCAGGCCAAGGUUCCCUUCUCCCAGGAGAUCAAGGAUCUGGUGCUUCCCAAACUCAACGAUCCAAACUUUAUCCAAGACCUCGAGGAGGACCUCUAUGAGCUUUUCAAGAAAGACCCAGGAUUUGACCGGGGUCAGUUCCAUAAGCAGAUUUCUGUGAUGCGAGGGCAGAUCCUAAACCUGAGCCAGGCGCUGAAGGAGGGCAAGACGCCCCUCCAGCUGGUGCAGAUGGCCUCUGUGACCGUAGAGACAGCAAGGAGCCCUCAGAGAUCCAGCAACCAGGCCUACACUCAUAGCUUUCAGAGCCGCAGGCCGUUCUUCACCUGGUGGUAGCAGACAGGGUACUGCAUGCUUGGAGCUGGAAACAUGGACUAUUGGUGAAAUAAGAAUAGGACAAGACAAAACUGAGAUGGAACCUAUGACGGCCGAUCAACCUCAUCACUAUCUGGUGUGUUGCAGCAAAGCAUCCAGGGAGAUUAACCUUAAAUGGGAUGUGCGCUGAACCAGAUUAAAGCUUCAUGAAUCAUAAUGACAAUGUAGUCUAUUUCAUUGAUGUUGUGUUCCUGCAUCUGAGACCUGCAUACUAUUACAACUAUCCCGGGCCAAGUGGUUGAGGGACAGUAGAUAUGUAACCAAAUAUCUGUUUGGCUUCCGCCUGCUAACCUGGCAGCAUAAUGUGUAAAUUAAUCAGUUGUUCAUGCGUUAUUUAUUUUAUUGAUUACAUGUCCAGAAUUUUCAACCUUUCAUAAAUCCUAUCUUGCCGUUGACGAUACAGGGGUGACCAGGUAUGUAAUGCACUAGACAAGAAUGGGAGACAGUUACAAUAGUCUUGACCUGUUGUAGAAAACGUCUUUGUCUCUCUCCAUUUAAUUUAUCCUACCUCUAAAUCCUGAAAGAAUGUUGCAGACUUUGUCAAAGGAGUGUGACCAUGAGGGAGGAAACAUUGGCUGAAUUUAAUUGUUCUUUGGUUGUGCAAGCGUUUUUGUGUAGCAACUGUAUGCUCCCUUCUGGGGGUCAUUCUGUCAUGACAUGUUUGAAAAUGACAGCUUUGAACAAUGAAUAACACCAUGCAUCUGCAGAUCGGUGUAAGAAAUGUACAUCUACAAAGGGGGGGAAGGGGAAACGCAAGCUAUAGAUGGGCUUGUCCCUUGAUUUGAUUUCCUUUUUUAAAUCGCAGUGCCAUGAAGUCCUCCAGAAGAACAAGAACUACCUGCAAGAACACCCUUGUAGUCAUUUAAUUUUUGUAAUUUUUGAUUUGUUUGCUUUAAAGUGUGUCCUGAAUGCAUAUUUAAAUGUAUGUAAUUUAUUUCCGACUAUGCAUUCUAACAAUUAUUAAUAUUAAAUAUUGCGUGACAAUGUGA